CGGCACUGCAUAUCAAACUUGGAUAUCAUUUCCUCCCACGACACCACCGCCACAAACGCAAAAUACAGCAAAGCCUCCACGAUGGCCUCAAUCGCCCGGUGCCUGCGGGCAGCUCGCCCCUCGACUCUGGCCCGCCUCUCCCAGACCGCCCCAGCCACUGCCCGCUCUGCGUGGCAGCAGCCCGCCACCAUCCGUGCCUUCUCCGGCUCGUCGAUCCGUGAAAUCCGCAAAUACACUCGCGAGCACGAGUGGAUCGACCUGAGCGCCGACAAGAAGACGGGUGUCAUCGGCAUCUCCGAGUUCGCUGCCGAGGAGCUCGGCGACGUCGUCUACGUCGAGCUGCCCGAGGAGGGCCGCGUCGUGGCUGCUGGCGACGCCGUGGGCGCCGUCGAGUCCGUCAAGUCGGCCGCCGACAUCAACUCGCCCAUCUCGGCCACCGUCACCGACGUCAACAAGCUGCUCGAGGAGAAGCCCGGCACAAUCAACCAGGUGCCCGAGGACGACAGCCACGGCGGCGGCUGGAUCUGCAAGGUCGAGGUUGGCGAGCAGGGCGCUGCGGACUUUGAGAAGCUGAUGGAUGCCGAGGCGUACAAGGCGUAUGUCAGCGACGCCGGCCACUAAGUGUGGUGAGACCUGAGUGAUCAAAUUAGGUGAAGUCUUCGAUUCAACAAUUGCACCCGACAAAGCAAAGCUUCAAGAGGAGGAAGGGGAGACAGAGAAGGGGCAGUAGCCCGUUUAACAUCUGUAUAUGUAGUAGAAACCUGCAUACAAGAAUCAGCUCAACCUUGUGUCAAAAAUGGAAAAAAACACAUCCCAUGCUAUGCUUCGCCGAGACCCGGCGCAUGCAUUUGUUCCCAUGCACAAAAAAGCGCA